GGGUGUUGCGCGGCCUACACGGGAGGCGGGCAGACUCCUUGGCGACCAGAGUGCAGAGGACCGGACGGCGUUCGUGAUCAUAUUUCACAGGACAGAAGUUGUACCUAAUAUCUGAGUUUAAAAUAGCGUCAUAGACAAUUUGUGAGAUGAAUGACUUGGAAGAUGACGAUGUCCCCCAGCUUUCUUCCCAUGCCUUAGCAGCUCUCCAGGAAUUCUAUGCUGAGAAGAAUCAAUGUGGGGGAGACAAAUACAAUGUUGGGAGAAUAGAAGAGAAUUGGCAAUUGAGCCAGUUUUGGUACAGUCAGGAAACUGCUUUGCGGCUUGCUAAGGAAGUGACUGCAGUUGCUGGGGAAGGUGGAAGGGUAGCCUGUGUGAGCACCCCUAGUGUUUACCUGAAACUGAGAGAGCUGCACAGAGAAGACUUGGCUGUACACCUUUUUGAGUAUGACAGAAGAUUUUCCAUUUAUGGAGAGGAGUUUAUCUUCUAUGAUUACAAUAAUCCGUUGGACUUCCCUGUAAAUAUUGCCCAUCAUAGUUUUGACAUUGUCAUAGCGGAUCCUCCCUAUCUUUCUGAGGAAUGUCUCAGGAAAACGUCAGAAACCAUCAAGUACCUGACUCAGGGCAAGAUUCUGCUGUGCACAGGUGCUGUCAUGGAGGAAGAGGCAGCAAAACUUCUUGGAGUGAAGAUGUGCAAAUUUAUUCCAAAGCACACCCGGACCUUGGCAAAUGAGUUUCGCUGUUACGUGAAUUAUGACUCUCAACUAGAUCAUAUGUAAAUGUAGACAGAGUAUAUAUAAUACAGGACAGGACCCUGUGACAUUCCCCUUUUUAUUUUCUUAGUGGGUUGUAAAGCUGUGCACUCGGCCAUCACACUUUUGGAUAAUUUGAAAUUGACUUAAAAGAUCACUCAGUAUUGUCCUUGCUGGCUUUGUUCAGUGGUUAGAGCGUCAGCCGUGGUCUUGGGUUUGGUUUCCUGUCCAGGAUGCGUACCUGGGUCGCAGGUUCGAUGUUUUUCUUUGUCUCCCCCCCCCCUCCACUCUAAAAACAAAAGAAAAAAAUGCCCUCGGGUAAGGAUUGAAAAAUAAUAAUAA